GUGACUUCCGCACCCGAUGAUUCCAAGGAGCAAGGCCACGUCAGCCAGGGCGGCGCUCACUUGGAAGCCGUCGCCGCGUAUUCCACAGUUUGAAGGAUUGGUCCGAUGAAAGUGAUGCGAAUAGCUGGCACGAGAUGAUUUGUCUGCACCAUUUGACACAAUCCAUCAAUCAUCAGCCGUUGCCAAAUUGCUAAGCGGACGCGCGUAACUCCAAUUAUAUGUAUAACAUUGUCUCGGGCGCAAAUCCUUGUCGUCGCCUAGCGGAGCUGUAUUUCCGACUUCUUACACCUCACCACCAUGGCUCCCUCACCUAUCGUCAAGAUCGUCCGGUCCAGUGAUGGAAACCCAAUCUAUGCAGAGGCUAUUGGAGACCCCAGCAAGCCGAGCAUGGUCCUCGUCCACGGAUUCAAUCUCUCCGCAGCAGCAUUAGAUCGCCUGUUCUUUGACAAACGAUUGCUAGAGGACGUGUAUAUGGUCCGUUUUGACAUGCGUGGCCAUGGGAGGAGCGGGAAGCCUGUGAAACCAGAGGGGUACAUCUCUUCGCUGUUCGCCGACGACUAUGCUACUGUCGUCCGUGCCUUUAACCUAAAAACCCCGAUAUAUGUUGGAUGGAGCUAUGGUUGUACCGUCGCUACUGAUAUCUGUGCGAAGCUUGGCCCGAAGCCCUUCGCCGGGCUAGUGUUCAUGACAGCCUUGCCCUAUCUUGGACCAAUGCUAUACCAAGUCGGCAAACCCGAGGUCCUCAGCCUCCUUCCGCCGAUCACGGUCAACGACGACACAACACAAUACAAUAGUAUGAAGGUCGCCUUCAUGGACACGAUGUUUACUCGUCCAGAGGAAGUCGAUUUUAACCUGAAGGCAGCACUGAUCGGCCAGGCUGUCCUGCAGCCUCCGGAAGUCACUAAACUCAUCCUCACGCGCACACAAGACCCAUCCGGACUAUUUGAGGCCGGGCGCCAGGGAAUGCCGAUGUUGAUCCUUAGCGGCGGCGCUGACAAGCAGGUCAAUAAUCAUGUUGUCAUUAAUGGGAUGAGUCCAUACUUUAAUAACUUGGACCUAUACACGAUUGAGAACGGUGGCCAUAUGCCCUUCUACGAGCAUAAGGAUGAGGUUGUGGAUGCUUUAUUGAAGUUCGUACGUCGCGUUCUGAUCUCAGCCUGAGCAUCGGAAGUCGUUUUCUUAAUGCCCCUCACCUGUUGCCGACGUUAAAUAUCCGUAGCAUAAUCAUAUUGUAAUAUGCUGUACCAUUCUUCGCCAUUUUCAUAUGUUCGAGUUUUAUCUCCCCUGCUACGCACGAAGACCGGCUAUAGUAGAAGCAAGUUUGGAUUCGAAAAUGACCAUGUCCUGAGAUUUCUUUUCG